GCGUGCUACUGACGCAUGCGCUUGUUUUUCCGUCUCUAACUUGCUGUCCUGCUCUAAUAACUCAUGAAAAGCCACGCGCCCUAACAAACAUGUCUGACGAAGAGGUACCGUCAACCUCUCGAGACCCUGCGCCCGGAAACGAACAGGAUCCUCCAUUCCUCCUGGAUCCCCCUCCUAAAGCAGCAAUUAAGGAAGGCACGGUGGACCCUGAAUAUGAAGAAAAAAGAAAAACUGAUCGGGCCAACAGGUUCGAGUUCCUCCUCAAACAGACCGAACUCUUUGCUCACUUCAUCCAGCCAGCUGGCCAAAAGUCCCCUACGUCCCCCCUUAAAGUGCGUCUGGGAAGACCCCGCGUCAAACAGGAUGAGAAACAGAACCUCCUGUCUGUCGGAGAUAACCGCCACCGUCGCACAGAACAGGAGGAAGAUGAAGAGCUGCUGUCUGAGAGCAGAAAGCCGACCAACCUUCUCGUCCGCUUUGAGGAGUCUCCAUCAUAUGUGAAGAACGGCACUCUGAGGGACUACCAGAUCAGAGGCCUCAAUUGGAUGAUCUCACUCUACGAGAAUGGCAUCAAUGGUAUCCUGGCGGACGAAAUGGGCCUGGGGAAGACUCUGCAGACCAUAGCACUGCUGGGCUACCUCAAGCACUACCGGACCAUUCCGGGGCCCCACAUGGUCCUAGUGCCCAAGUCCACCCUGCACAACUGGAUGAAUGAGUUUAAACGUUGGGUGCCAUCCCUCAAAGCUGUGUGUCUCAUCGGAGACAAGGACGCAAGAGCAGCGUUUAUCCGUGACGUGAUGAUGCCCGGGGAGUGGGAUGUGUGUGUGACAUCUUAUGAGAUGGUGAUCAGAGAGAAAUGCGUCUUUAAGAAGUUUAACUGGAGGUACCUGGUGAUUGACGAGGCACAUCGCAUCAAAAAUGAGAAGUCAAAGCUGUCGGAGAUUGUUCGUGAGUUUAAGACCACCAACCGGCUGCUGCUGACAGGAACUCCAUUACAGAACAACCUUCAUGAACUCUGGGCUCUACUCAACUUCCUGCUGCCGGACGUGUUCAACUCAGCCUCUGACUUUGAUUCAUGGUUUGACACCAACAACUGUCUGGGUGAUCAGAAGCUGGUAGAAAGACUGCAUGCGGUGUUGCGACCUUUCCUGCUACGCAGGAUCAAACAGGAAGUGGAGAAGAGCCUCCCACCCAAGAAGGAAGUGAAGAUUUACCUUGGGCUGAGCAAGAUGCAGCGUGAAUGGUACACUCGGAUCCUGAUGAAGGACAUCGAUGUCCUGAACUCGGCAGGGAAGGUGGAUAAGAUGCGUCUACUCAACAUCCUAAUGCAGCUGAGGAAGUGCUGCAACCACCCGUACCUGUUUGACGGGGCGGAGCCUGGCCCACCCUACACCACCGACAUGCACCUGGUCACCAACAGCGGCAAGAUGCUCGCACUACAUAAGCUACUACCCAAAGUCAAGGAACAAGGUUCUCGAGUAUUGAUCUUCAGCCAGAUGACGCGUGUGUUGGAUAUUCUGGAGGAUUACUGCAUGUGGAGAGGGCUUGAGUACUGUAGACUGGAUGGCAACACACCACAUGAAGACAGAGAGCGGGCUAUCGAGACGUACAACGCACCCAACAGCUCCAAGUUCAUCUUUAUGCUGAGCACUCGAGCAGGAGGGCUUGGAAUCAACCUGGCAACCGCAGACGUCGUCAUUCUGUACGACUCAGACUGGAACCCACAGGUGGACCUGCAAGCUAUGGACCGUGCCCACAGGAUCGGACAGAAGAAACGUGUUCGAGUGUUCAGGUUGAUCACAGAGAACACAGUGGAGGAGAGAAUCGUGGAAAGAGCUGAAAUGAAAUUACGCCUGGAUUCCAUAGUCAUACAGCAGGGUCGUCUGAUUGACCAGCAAAAUAAAAUUGGGAAGGAUGAGAUGCUCCAGAUGAUCAGACAUGGAGCGACUCAUGUGUUCGCCUCUAAAGACAGUGAGCUGACAGACGAGGACAUCGACACCAUCCUGGAGAGAGGAGCAAAAAAGACAGCCGAGAUGAACGAAAGAAUGCAGAACCUGGGGGAGAGCUCUCUCAGGAACUUCACCAUGGAUACCAGUGCCACAGAAACCAGCCUGUACAAUUUCGAGGGAGAGGACUAUAGAGAGAAACAGAAGUUGAGUAUGAUGGAGUGGAUUGAACCCCCAAAGCGAGAGAGGAAGGCGAACUACGCUGUGGACGCUUACUUCAGAGAGGCACUGCGUGUCAGUGAGCCUAGAGCACCAAAGGCCCCUCGUCCUCCUAAACAGCCUAAUAUUCAGGAUUUCCAGUUUUUCCCUCCACGACUGUUUGAACUGUUGGAGAUGGAGAUACUCUAUUACAGAAAAAGCAUCGGAUACAAGGUUCCGAGGUCUCCAGACAUCCCAAAUGCAGCACAGUUGCAAAAAGAGGAACAGAAGAAGAUCGAUGAAGCAGAACCACUAACACCUGAGGAGACAGAGGAGAAAGACAGACUGCUCACACAGGGUUUCACAAGCUGGAACAAGCGAGACUUUAACCAGUUUAUCAAAGCAAAUGAGAAAUACGGCCGAGAUGAUAUAGACAGUAUCGCCCGCGAGGUGGAGGGGAAGACCCCUGAGGAGGUUAUGGAAUAUUCAGCUGUGUUCUGGGAGCGCUGUAACGAGCUGCAGGAUGUUGAGAGGAUCAUGGCUCAGGUUGAGAGAGGCGAAGCUCGAAUCCAGAGAAGGAUCAGCAUUAAGAAGGCUCUGGAUGUUAAGAUAGCGCGGUAUAAAGCUCCGUUCCACCAGUUGCGUAUCCAGUAUGGCACUAACAAGGGGAAGAACUACACAGAGGAGGAAGACCGCUUCCUGGUGUGUAUGCUGCACAAGACGGGCUUUGACCGGGAAAACGUCUACGAGGAACUCCGGCAGUGUGUGCGCAACACACCCCAGUUCCGCUUCGACUGGUUCAUCAAAUCCAGGACUGCCAUGGAGCUCCAGAGACGAUGUAACACUCUAAUAUCGCUGAUUGAGAAAGAAAACAUGGACAUAGAGGAGAAACAGAGAGCAGAGAAAAAGAGAAGAACUAACGGACAAUCAGCCCACAAGCGGAAAGCAGAACCAUCAGAGAGGAAGGAAAAGCGGAUGAAACAGUGACUACAUCCCAUAAUAUCCCUGAGAGUCCAGCAUGGUCUCAGUCUGCCCUAGCGGGGAGAGCUGGUCACAGGGACUUGUCACAUGCAGCUUUCUCUACACUUCCUUUCUAUAAACGUUUGAUGCACUUUUCAAAAUCUCCAUUGCGUCAGGCUGCAGAGUUUUUAUUACUAGCAUGUGAUGGCUUGGAAUGACCUAAAGGAGUUUGUUUUAUUUACAUGGUUUGUCGAUUUUAUAAAGAAACUAUUUUUGCCCUAAGUGUUGUGCUUUGACCGUGUGUUUGAUAGUCAGUGAUUGGCUGAAUUGUUUUUUCAUGGUUCAGUAAUUAUAUGUUAAACCAAACCUUCCCCUAACAGUUAAACAAGCUUGUCUCUCAUAUUCUGUUUUCACUUCUGUGUAGCAUUAAAUGGGCUUGAACCAAUUCACAUAUAAAUGAUUAUUAAUCUUUAAAUUUGAUCAUAUUAUCCUUUUCUUUAUAUAUGUCUGAGUUCAGUGUUAUUAAAAAAUUAACUAUACUAAUAACCUACUUGGUAUAUUUCAUAUAUUUAAUGGCUGUAGUACUUGUGCUUGGCCACAUGGUGGAGCCGUGGCGCUGUUGCUGAGGCUACUCUACUCAGAACUGGCUUGGUUUCACACUUCCGCACUCUUCCCUCUAAACAAACCUGAUUAAUCACAAACGUGUCUAUGUGCACACUUGUUCGUGCACGCACGCCCUCACGGUUCACCAUUUCAACUGCUGGGUUUAUUUUGGAUUUGUAAUUGUGUAAAUUUUGGCUGUGUUUAUAUAAACAUCAUCACAAAUAUGAUAAUGAAAUAAGAAACACAUUUUCAGUUUCUCUGGGCCACGUCUCUCAAACACAAGCGUGUACUCAGUGUUGGCUGGUGUCUUUGGAGGGUUCUUUCUGUGCUCUGUCCUGUCCGGGUUUCGUGCUGUCUGUCUCCAGGGGUCUUUAGAGGCGACUCAAACCCAACCAGCAGCUCUCUAGCUCCCAACUUCAAAAGGUCAAGAAACCUUGAAGUCAGCUGUGUUUAGUGUUCUUUUACCAGCCCGGACGCUUCCCACAGUGUGUAGGUUGAAGGCUGAGUGAGAAUGUAAGUA